AAGGAUGAUAAAAAAGGAUAAGCUAUGGCUGUCAUGGUCCUUCCUCCAUUUACUACACCCACCUUUCCCCAUAUCUCGCCAGUAUGAUUUAUUCAUAUGAAUUUAAACAAGUUGCAGAAAUAUUAGAAUGACUAUUAAGAGGAACAAACGAGACAAGAAAAAGUCAACCCUUUUUAACCUUUUUUUAAAUCUCGAGGUUUUGAAAUAUUGCUUCUCGUGAAGCCAACAAGGGACACCAAAAAUCAACGCAUUAUUAUAAAUAUUAUACGUAUAUAUAGAUAUUUAUAUUUAUGUUUUUUUACGUGUUCACAUUUUUGGGUUUCAACAAGUUUGGCAGUAGUUGAAUUUUGGACGCUUGUGUACUAAUGGUCAUCAAAAGAGUUUGGGGGUUGAGCAAUUGAAUUCUCAGUCUGCUUCCAUUGUUGAAGAUAAUAGAAGGGUUUGCUACCAUUUGGUUUGGAUUCAAUAAAUGGGUUCUUGUUGCAGUGUUAGAAUAAGGGCAGACAGCCCUCGUUAUAAUGGAUCUAAUAGAGAACACAGUAAUGAUACAUUUGUUGUGUAUUGUGAUUUAUGUUAUAAGAUUUGUCAAGAAUCAAGAUUUUACCUUAACCCUCCUCCAUUACUGGGCUAAACUGACGAAAAACAUAGGAUCAAAUUCAAGAUAUGUCGGCAUUGAUGUGAAAGACACAAGCAGCAGUUCAUCGAUUGCGAUUCCAUUGACCCCUCGAAGUGAGGGUGAAAUUUUGGAUUCAUCGAAUUUGAAGAGUUUUGGGUUUAUUGAUCUGAGAGCAGCCACCCGGAACUUCCGUCCAGAUAGUGUAUUAGGGGAAGGUGGUUUUGGGUGCGUUUUUAAAGGAUGGAUUGAUGAACAUACAUUUAAAGCUGCGAAACCUGGGACUGGAAUGGUUAUUGCUGUCAAAAGAUUGAACCAAGAAGGUCUUCAAGGUCACAAGGAGUGGCUGACAGAAAUCAAUUAUCUGGGGCAGUUAUACCAUCCUAAUCUAGUAAAGUUGAUUGGUUAUUGCUUAGAGGAUGAACACAGGCUUCUUGUUUACGAGUUCAUGCCUCGUGGCAGCUUGGAGAAUCAUCUAUUCAGGAGGGCAUCUUACUUCCAACCGUUGUCUUGGAACCUGCGUAUGAAGGUUGCUCUAGGUGCAGCAAAGGGGCUUGCGUAUCUUCACAGCCCAGAAGCUAAGGUUAUAUAUCGUGAUUUCAAAUCCUCCAAUAUCUUGCUUGAUGCGAACUACAAUGCGAAGCUUUCUGAUUUCGGGUUGGCCAAGGAUGGACCAAUGGAUGGUAAAAGCUAUGUAUCUACAAGAGUAAUGGGAACCUAUGGCUAUGCAGCUCCCGAGUAUAUGGCCACAGGCCAUUUAACUGCCAGAAGCGACAUAUAUAGUUUUGGGGUUGUUCUCCUCGAGAUGAUAACUGGGCGUCGCGUAAUAGACAAAAACCGCCCUCACGGGGAACAAAAUCUUAUCGUAUGGGCUCGGCCUUAUCUGGCUAGCAAAAGGAGAAUAUUCCGAGUUAUGGAUGCCCGUAUAGAAGGCCAGUACUCCCCAACUGGGGCAUUGAAGGCAGCUACUCUCGCCAUCAAAUGCCUAGCAAUAGAACCCAAAUACAGGCCGAACAUGAAAGAGGUCGUAAAAGCAUUGGAGCAACUCCAGGACACGGGGAGUGUCAAAACUGAGGCUGUCGAAAAACAUCGUCGAUCAUGUGCCAAAGAUUCGAGUCGUAAGGCUGCUUCUCAUCGAAGACCAUCUGCUGCCACUGUUGUUGCUUGAAGGGGAAAGGAAGAAUUUGAUUGGAAUAUAAUUCUUGAGUUUAGAAGACAGAAAAUGCUUAGCCGGUACGAGGUGGAUCCUAAAUAAAUUGGGGAGUUUUAUUUGCUUGUACCAUCACUUCGUGAAGUUCAGUAUAGAUAACUACUGUGUUCUCUUUAAGUUCUGUAAUUAGAUAUUGAUACUAUAAUUUCAUUAUACAAAGGCCAACAAUAAUGUUUUUUGUUA